AUGGCAGCAGCUUUCGCAGCUCUAGUUUCUCUUCAAAAUAAUCUCCGCCUUAUCCACAAUCACCCCAACUAUACCUUUGAGGUCGAACAGUUUGAAUCCCUUUGGGAUAUUGUCUGGUUCCUGAUCGAUUUCAUGAAAAGCUACGACAAUUCCCAUGGUGCCAGAAGAGAAACGGCAGAAGCUUUAGAGAUGCGAAUUGCGCGUGCAGCUCAAGUGGCAGAAGAUGUGAUCGAAGCACAUGUGGUGCAUCAGAUCCGUCGUGGAAAGACGCGAUCAUCUCGUUUCCUGCUGGAUCUGCAUAAAGCAACCCAAGGAAUGGAAUACAUGAGGAGAAAGGCAUUAAUCGCAAGUUCGCAAAGUGGAUUGUUGGAGCCGUCCACAAAUUCAUCAUCAUCCACAAAGUCAACGCCUCUUCUCACCUCAUCCAUGGUCGGAUUUGAUGAUAUCUUACUUCAACUUCUACAUCUGCUCACCAGAGGUCCCUUGAGUCGACGAGUGAUCCCCAUCCAAGGCAUGGGGGGAAUUGGUAAGACUACUCUUGCCAUAAAUGCAUUUAAACAUCCAUAUAUCGUGCUACACUUUGAUGUUUGCCUUUGGGCUACAAUAUCUCAAGAUUAUAGCAUUCACAAAAUCUUGUCACAACUCUUGUCUUGUCUAAAACGAACCACUAGUGGAACUGUUGAUGAGAUGCGAGAAAGGUUAUACAAGAGUUUAUUCGGGCUAAGGUAUUUGAUUGUUCUAGAUGAUAUGUGGAACCUCAAAGCCUGGGAUGAUAUGAAUGUGAAAUCAUUGUUUCCGGAUACAAACAAUGGAAGCCGAGUUGUUGUGACAACUAGGAAUGCGAAUGUAGCCAAUCACUUGGGCGGUUAUUGUGUUGCAAUGGGUUUUUUGGAUGAGGAAAAUAGUUGGCAUCUAUUUUGUCAAAAUGCAUUUGCAGAGCAGCAAGGAUGUUUCCCUCCUGAGUUGGAGAAGACUGCAAAGAUGAUAGUUGCACGAUGCAAAGGACUUCCCCUAGCAAUUGUUGUUGUUGGAGGGAUUCUCAGGAAGUCCCCAAUGACUCUAGUCUACUGGGAGAAUGUUGCACAAUCAAUUUUGCAUUCUACAGAUAGCAAUGAGCAAUGCUUGAAUGUAUUAUCUUUGAGUUAUAGAUACUUGCCUGCUGAUCGAAAGACAUGUUUCCUACUCCUUGGAUCAUUUCCAGAAGAUGAACAGAUUAAUGCGCAGGAUGUUAUUAAGCUUUGGAUCGCUGAAGGAUUUAUACAACAUUUUCAUGAUACCAGAUUGGAAGAUGAUGCAGCGUAUUAUUUACGGGAUCUUCAUAUGAGAAAUCUCAUAUUAGUGGAUAGUUCGGACUAUAAGGGAGACAUAUAUACAUUUAAAGUACAUGAUCUAGUAAGAGAAUUGUGCCUACUGACUGCCAAGAAAGAGGAGUUUUUAUCAGUGUUUGAAACUUCAGGAGCCAUAACUAGGGAGCGUCGGGUUUUAAUCAAUGGAGUGGUGAAUCAUGAGUCAAUAACCACGGAUGCCCCAGUCCGUUGUCUGAUAUGCAACGGAGGUCGUUACGGUAUAAACAAUCUGAAUGACUUGAAAAUGUUGAGAACAGUGAGUAACGUUUUUACGACAUUCAUAAGUGAGUCGAUUUUUCAGCAAGUUAACUUGCGGUAUCUAAAUGUCAAUCUUGUUUAUAUCCCUCGCCGGUUUCUUUAUUAUCUUCCCUCGUCGAUAUCAUUGCUUUGGAAUCUACAAAUAUUAACAAUUAUUUUACCAAAUCAAUCAAAAGUAAUUGCACCUUAUGAGAUUUGGGAGAUGCUACAGCUUAGGCAGAUUGAGGUCAACAUGAUUUGUCUCAUUGAUCCUCUUCCCGUGGAUGAAGCAAAUCGCGUGGUUAUGAGAAAUCUAUACACCCUUUUCGCAGUGGAGAAUUUCAGGCUCAGUGAAGAGGUUUGCAAGAGAAUCCCCAAUGUCAGAGAACUACGGUUAUCCUAUUGUGAUGAAGUAAGUUGGUAUUACUGUCCCCACAAUCUUGGCUGCUUCCUUCAACUGCAAAACCUAGCAUUGGAGUUCGAUGGCGAUUCCAAGUGGCGUGAGUUUGCUACGAGCCUCACUUUCCCAAGUUCUCUCCGGGCACUGUGUUUAAUUGGUUGUGGUGUAGACUGGGAUGAGUUGGCAAUGAUGGUUGGAUCAUUGCCCCAUCUUGUAAAGCUUUCAUUGCUACGAAAUUCAGUCAUUGGAUCUGAUUGGACCCCUGUUGAGGGCAAAUUCUGUCAUUUGAAAGCCUUGACUAUUGAUGGUUGUAGUGAUUUAGUUUGUUGGAAUGCUGACAACUCCCAUUUUCCAGUCCUCCAAGAACUUCUUCUAGAAGAUUUGUGUAAAUUGAUUGAGUUCCCAUCAGGCAUAGGAGAAAUAGCAACGCUUGAAGAUAUUGAGUUGAAAUUUUUCAGCUUAUCUUCGAGCAUUUCCGCAAUGAGAACAUUGGCGGAGCAAGAGGAGCUUGGUAAUGAGAGCCUUCGACUUACUAUACAUUUUCGGGGUGGCGAGGAAGCAAUGGAGAGCUUCAAGAACGAUGUUGAAGAAGAGGGUCUCACCAGCAGUACUAAUCUUUCUCUGCAUCUCAUCAGUUCCUAAUAACUUCCGUCAUCUGCUCCUUGCAUCUCAAGGUUAUUUGAGUCGUAUUUUGAUUUUGGGAUGUGCAUAGGACCGGUGCUCUUCAAUCUAAAGUAAUAUUAUGGUGGCCAUAGAGCAUGGAAGAUUAGCAAAGGACAAUGAAUGAAGUUGGUGCACAUGAAGGAGUUACUGUUGAGAUCUCGCCCCUUGAACUUUGAAGAUGAAGUGACCUUGCCUGACCGACUCUCUUCCCCUCUUCCUAUAUGCUGCGGCUUGAAGUGACCUUGCCUCUCACCGCCGCAAGAUGUCUCCUAUUUCACGAGCCCUGUUUCUAAGCUGAUCUUGACCAUUGCUCAUCAUCUAUUCGAGAAAUGUCCACAACCAAGUUCGAGGUGGAGAAAUUCACUGGUAAGAAUGACUUUGGCAUGUGGAGGCUAAAGAUGAAGGCCAUCUUGAUGCAACAAGGGCUAUGGGAUAUUCUGAGUGAAAAGAAGGAUAGUGAUGGUAGUGAUGAGAAAAAGCCCAAGAUUGAUGGAGGCUGCAAGAAAUGCAGUACAAGGCCUACAACACACUGAUGAGGCCCGUUUCAUGUAUGUGUUUUAUAGCGAAACUGCACUGAAUUCAGCAAACUAACGACCCUUUUUGAGCCAGAUGUGUGUAGAUUUCGCCGGAAAACGAAGAUCACAUCAAUUCAAAGGGCGAAAGCAAAAGUUCGGAAAAGAAGAGAAAAGAGACGGAUCUUGAGCUGAUCAAGUCACAUUCCAACCGGAGCUAGCCAACCUUGUACUCCCUCCAUCCCAGAGAAGUUGGCAUACUUUGAAAAUGACACGGGAUUUUAGGAGGUUUUGUUUUGUGUGUUAAAUGGAGAGAGAAAAUAUAAUUUUUAGAUUCAUGUG